AUACACCGCCAUCAUCAUGCGAACCACUGCUCCAGCCGUCCUCGCGCUCGCGGCCUUCGCAUCGGCACAGCUUAAGCGCCAAGCUGCUGUCAAUGGUUACGUGCCGACAACGAUUUCAUGCCCCAGACCAGCGGAAGGAGUCUCCUUGAUCAGAUCAGCCGACUCACUCAGCUCCGAUGAGCAGACGUAUGCCGAUGCCCGCCUGUCGAAAGCGAGCGAAGCGUUGUCGGCAUGGCUCACAAAGGCUCUGCCGGGCGUCUCCACCGAGCAGCUGCCAAAGCUCGCCUUGGCUCUCAGCGGCGGUGGUACCAAGGCCGGCUUGACCACGGCCGGAGCUGUCUAUGGUUUGGAUGGCCGCGAGAGCAGCGACUCAUCCGUGGCAGGAUUGUUGCAAAGCAUGACUUAUAUCAGUGCACUCUCGGGCGGGUCUUUGACCUUGUCCGGCAUGAUGGCCAACGAUUUUGAGCAGGUUUCUACUUUGAGAACUGAGUUGCUUCAGAAGAGUUACCAGAAUGUGUUUGCAUCCGUCAUCACAAAUAUAGCCGCAGUGCGUGCCGCUGUGGGCAACAAGACUGCUGCAGGCUAUCCAGCAACCUUGGUCGACAUCUACGGCCAAGGAUUGUCGUACAACUACAUCUCGGCAUCUGGAGGCAAUGACCUCCAUUGGUCAGACAUCACAUCGCAAUCCAGUUUCCAAGACCACGAGGCUCCGUAUCCAAUCAUCACCAUCACGCAGGCUAAUGUUGCCUCUGGAAUGUGUGGACCGAAUAUGCAGUCGGCCAUCUGGGAAGUGUCGCCAUUUGAGUUUGGUAGUUUCGAUGAGAUGGUCGGCGCGUUCUACCCGACCAAGUAUAUGGGAAGCACAGGCGAAGGGAACUGCACUACUGGCUUCGAUAAUACUGGCUUCAUCACCGCCAUCUCGUCGAACAUCUUGCUUCCGAACGACAACGAAUGCUACACGGGCAACUUCACCGCUGAUCAGCUCAACAAUACUCUCGCCGAAUCCAUCAACAGCGCAGUGUCGGGCGUGACGCUCAUCAAUCCCUACGGCCAAAUACCCAAUCCGUUCUACCAGAGCGAGGAUGCAGGAGUCAUCCGCGAUCAGCAAAUCAUCUUCGGCACAGAUGGCGGAUUAAGUGGGCAAGCAGUUCCGGGCUUCCCAUUUCUGCAACCCGAGCGUGCCGUCGAUGUGAUCUUCGUGGUCGAUGCGCAGACCAACUCACCCGGCAACGUCACCAACGGCACUGCCAUCUACAACACCUACACCUCCGCGCAGCAAAAAGGUCUCUCGCGGAUGCCGAAAGUCCCAACCGAUGAAGAGUUCGUGUCUCAGAACCUCUCCUCAGGUGCUCAAUUCUACGGCUGCCACGACCCGGAGGUGGCGACUGUGAUUUUCCUGCCGAACACGGAGCUUGGAAUUCCGAAUGAGUUGUCCUUCGCCGAAGCUCUGCUGAACAAGACUUUCGACGGAGGCCUCGCUAUGGUCACGCAGAGUCAGUCCUCCGGCGAGUCCGAAUGGGCUGCCUGUCUGGCUUGUGCGAUUGUGCACAAGAAUGUGACGGAGCUGCCUGACGUAUGUACUGGCUGUCUUGAGAAGUACUGCUGGCCGCGGGAGUCAAAGAAUGGAUCUGCGCCUGCUCCGUCGCCCACCGGUGGGCCGUCGCCUUACACGGGUGCUGCGAGUGGCGUGCAGUCGGCUGGAAUGCUCAUCGGCGCUGGUGCGAUCAUCGCACUCUUCUUGUGAUCACAUCAUUACUUCAACAAGUGUCAUGACGCAGGGUGCUUGAGGAGAUGAUCCGUCCACAGCAGCCAAGUUCAGAGCACGUCAUAUAUCGUUGGUGGAUAGUCCAGGAAGUCGCAGAUGUCACAGAGUGCCGAGACUUUCUACACCUGCUAUUGUGCAAAGAAAUUAGUGCCGGUUGUCACCGACCCUGCCUAUGUUUAAAGAGGGCAGGUGUUGCGAUUCGCUCCAACUUCGUCGCGAUCUCCGAGGUCACAUUGGUACAACAUUGUCAGGUUGUCCCUAGGUGUCGUGUAUCACGCUUUGAUGACCGGCCUUGUCAACCU